AUGUCUGCUACUACCAAGAACUACCAAGGUGGAAAGGUCCACGGCCAAAUUCUAAAGAGCCAAGAAGCUUCUUUGGACUCUAUUGCUGCUGAGUUUGCUUCUGAGCUGGAUGAAGCCACAAUUGAGAAAUACAAGGCAAAGUUCAUGUUGUACGACAUCAACAACAGUGGUGACAUUGACCAGUAUGAGCUUCAGCUGAUGAUGGAGAAGAUCGGUCAAACAAAGACCCAUUUGGAACUCAAGAAGAUGAUUGCAGAGGUGGACAGCACUGGCAAGGGUACCAUUAACUUUAGAGAUUUCUUGGUCAUGAUGACCGGCAAGAAGAGCUCCAUUCUCCAAAAGAUUCUGAUGUUUGAGGAGCUUGCCAAGAAGCCAGAGACUCCAAAGGGUCCACCUCCAAAGAAGUCAAUCUCUGACUUCCUCUAG